CGUAGCCAAAUGAGGUCAUUUCAUGACCUAUAUAUUAUUGAUCAUUUUAAAUUCAAUAAUUCGAUCGUACGUAGCUGUCUUCAGUACAUCGAGAGAACCCACGAAGGCGCGUGAUCCUACUCCAUGCCACGUGCAACUUUUGACUUAAUGACAGACCUUAUAGUGAUCUAAACUCACAGUUUGGAACCCAGCCUCCUCCCACCCAUCCCCGUAUCGUAAAUGGCAACCGAACUUAAAUUCUGUAAACCCAAAGACAAAAGUAAGUGCACUCUACUAGUGCAACAUUAUAAAGUAAACGGGUUACCAUUGAAAAUUAGUACCACCUGUUUAGAGAAAUAAUGUAAGCAUACCCUGCCUUCGCGCGCGACACCCGUUUGUACGUGACAAAGAUAUCUAACAUUUCCGUUUCCUCCCAAUGUUUAAGACCCCAUUGCACAAGCCAAUUAUUGAAAUAGAAAUUUGUUAGUCCCAAAACGUUUGACUCCAUCUCUCGGAUUGUAUUACUGUUGUCUCUAUAAACGUGAAAUGAAAUUGGGUUUAACGUUCUAUUGUUCUGCUUCGACUGGGUCAAUGAAGACGGGCAUGCGCCAUGCACUGUACUGUGAGGGGAAAUUUUACCCUGGCAGCGACACUAUGGCCUACUCUCAUAUCGAAUUCCAACUGCCAAGGGACCUUUUACGUGCACGCCAAUAUAUACACAGGAAAAUCUAUAAACGUGGGUUAAUUCGACUGCAUAAUACAAUAUACAGGUCACUAUAGAAUUCAAUUACUGCUUUUUAUUGAGCGACGUUUCUGUUGCCUGCUCUAAUCGUGGGAUUUAAACAAACUUUUGGCAGAUUAACAUCAUGCUACCCCUGUGGAUUAUAACAGUUGUUGUUGGCUACUUUACUAUCAAAUGGUUUCUGAACAGAUUAGAGGUGGGGAACAUUGAUGACAAAUACGUCUUCAUAACCGGGUGUGAUACGGGGUUUGGAAAUGCGUUGGCCAAGAAAUUAGAUGGUUUGGGUUUUCACGUUAUUGCCGCUUGCCUAACUAAAGAUGGUGCCUCAGAAUUGAAGAAGGUGACGUCAGAACGACUGACGACUGUUGUAUUGGAUGUUACGUCAACACAAGACGUUAAACGAGUAAUGGAGGAAAUUGAUGAAAUGAUUCCGGCCAGUAAAGGUUUAUGGGCGAUCGUCAACAAUGCUGGAAUUUCGGGUUCCAUUCUACCCUUUGACCUUACAGCCAAAGAAGAUUUUGAAAAAGUACUGUCUGUUAAUUUAUUGGGACUAAUUGAUGUCUGUAUUAAGUGUGUGCCCCUACUCAGGAAAGGAAGGACAAAGGGACGGGUCAUUAAUGUUUCUAGUGUUGCUGGACGCUUUGCAUUAGGCGGGAGUGCUUAUGUGGUGUCCAAGUACGCCGUUGAAGGUUUUUCAGAUGGUCUCAGGCGUGAGUUAAGGUGUCAAGGAAUAUCUGUCCAUAUAAUAGAACCAGGAAAAUAUAAAAGUAAUAUCGCAAAUAAGGAGAGACUAACCAAGGAAAUAGAACAUGCUUAUCAUAGAACCAGUCCUGAUAAACGAGACUACUGUGGUGAAGAAUACAUUAAAAAAUAUAGUGACAGUCUUACUAAUUAUCUAUGCAACGGAAACCCUAACCUCGAACCAGUGGUUUCAGCCAUGACACACGCAGUGAUGUCACGUUUUCCAAAUCGUAGAUAUCUUGUUGGAUUGGAUGCUAAAUAUAUUUUUAGAGUUUUAUGGACACUUCCUGUCUGUAUUUCUGACUUUUUGUUUUGUUUAAUAAUCAUCCCACCAAGAGGGGCAAAGUAGAUAACUGUAUAUAGUUAUUAGUGUUUAAAAUUUCAGCGGUUCAUAUUCGUAAAUGUUUUGUAUGGUGCUCCUGAUAGGGUAUUAUUAUCUUAAUAAAGUGUCAAAUAGAAUAACCGUCUUAUCUUAUCUCCUAAUAAGGUGUUCAGUACACUAAAGAUCUUAUCUCCUAAUAA